AUGGAACUACCGAACCUUUAUCAGAAUUCUCUCUACUCCCACCUCUACUUCACUGGAAUCACUCCGGGCCAGAUUGCGGAAAAUUUGGAUUCCAUCCGUAAGCAGGUGGAUUGGCAGAAGAGCAAUCAGCCCUGCAUCGAUCAAAGAAUAAGUUCCAAUCGAAGCCUUACUUGGACAUCGGGACAAACAUACCAACAGACAGGAUCCAUUGGGAAUCCUUGGACGUCGGCAGGUCAAAACAACAUCUCUACUGGGAAUCCGGGACUCGCCAGACCUCAUCCUUGGACACAGUCUCGUGAACAAUACGCGGCGAAUAUGGCGACUCUUAAUCCAGGUCAGAUGACCAACGGAAGAAGCUAUCAGCAGUAUUUACAAGAUUGCAACACCUACUUGGGACUAAUGCAACAUGGCCUCAUGAAGCCUGCUCAAAAUUCUGGAAACAUCGCCGCCGGACCCAUGGAACAGCCAAUGGGACAAAAUCAGCAUUACCAACACAAAACUCCUUCUGAUAGUGAGCUCGAACAUGAACGAAUGAUGACUCCAAACCAACUUUUGCAACAAAUGGCCAAUGAGCAAGGAACCUCGAAUCAGACAACCAAUCGAUAUCAGCCCCAUAAUGCCCUGGUUGUAAAUCAAAAUCAAAAUACCCAGAUUGCUCGAAAUACACCAUCUCCCAGGCUAAAGUAUGCAAUGUUUCAACUAGCGGUACAAAAAUGCCAGCAGGCGAACCGGAGUGCAGGCAUAAAUCUGACGGGUCGAGCCUCCCCAAUUCCCUACGUCACAACUGAUCAACUUUGCUUACUGAUGACACAGUAUCCUCAACUGUUUCCUCAACGCCAAGGAUCCCCCAAAAUGGGUCAGGAGCAGUAUAGUGCCUACGAUUCCCCACUGAACAAUCGGAAAUUCGAAUCUGAUGAUUCUGGAAAUGUCUCGAUGGUGUCUCCGACCCAGCAGUCCCCAGACCAGCUUUCAACUUGGCAUGCGCAACUUCCGAGGGACCCUCAAUCCCAAGUGAUAUACCGGACAAGUCCCAUUCUACGAUCAAUGAGCAAUCCGACGCCGCCAACAGCAAUAAAACUUCCAGACGAUUCUAAUAGCAACAAAUAUCACAUUUUGUUGGAAAAGCCAGGACCUGUGAGAAGAUGUCAAACUCAUCAAGAGGCCCUGUCUACACAUUUGCGCUCCUCAGCCGCUCCCUACAACAUUCGGACCAACUUUCUAGGUUCUUCUGUCCGAAGUAUCAAAAAAGGAGUACCGGAGCGACCAAAAAUCAAUUUCCUGGACCCAACGAAUCUAGAAGCCGAAAUUGCUAGCCACCAAGAGAUGAAUCCAGCCCAAUUGGUGAAAGUGAUAACCCAAAUUUAUGACGAAAAAUACCAUUUCAAGAUUGCAAAAACCCAUCAUUUCUACAUCCAAUGGUUCUUGGAAGGAAACCUCGAAGACGUCUAUCCGCAAUGUAUUAUCAUUUUCAUCACCUGGUAUCUGAACUGCAAGAAAUAUCCGGAAAAGCUUCGCAUUUAUAUGAACUACCCUGCUCUUGUUCGGCCAACCCUCGAAAUGGCUUACUCAAAAUCUCAAUGCCGUCUUUUGGCCGCGGAACUUUUCAGAGAUAAGAAACUCACGGACGCCCAGAUUGCCGAAAAUAUCAAUAAGGAGGUUCGAAUCACAACUAAAAUUAUUCCAAUGACCGCGAAACUAGUAAAACAGUGGUGGAAAACAAAAAAAAAACCAAAGUAA